CUCUCUCUCUCUCUCUCUCUCUCUAAUAUUAUUUUCGGAGUUUAAAGCAGCGAAGAUGGACGGACCCGUAGCCCUCGUUAUUCGUCAUGUUGCCAGUGAAACUGGCAAAGGCAAUUUCGGCUCUCUCUUUGUCUUUAUAUCUACAUUGUUAGGUAUUUUGAGAUUCAUAGGGAACAGAAGCAUAGAGGAAGGGAAAUUAUUGAUGUCGUACGGCAUAUUGUUGAUGUUUGGAGGUAAAAUGGGAUUAAGAUUGGCAGUGGCACAUUUGGCACUAUAUGGUUAUACCACCCUCAAAGCUACUAUUGGACGAUUAGUGGUAAACGACGUAAACUCUGCUGACGUGGAUCUUCAAAACAAGAACGAAUCUAAUACUUCUUAGACAUAGCAUAACUAAUUUUACAGUUUCUAUAGGCUUGACUUGGUUU